AAAAAAAAAUGUUGUCACUAGUAUCAGAUAUUUGUGAAAGCUUUUCAUCAUGAUGUCUAUCAAACGCUUCCAGAUUUUGUUCGUGGUUUGCAUGAUCAAAUUGAUAGCUGGAAAUGAAGUAGAUUCGGUAGCCAAACACAUCGUAUCUUCAACGAAUGACAACCACCAAGGAACAAAUGACGAAUUGAAAGUUUUGAAAGACGAACUCCAAAGAAUUUUGGAAGGUCAGAACAGAAUUGAACAGGAAUUGGAAAUACUUGAAUCAAAUAAGCUAGAUUUGAACGUUCUUGAUGACGGCAACUCAACGUCCUCACCUGAACCUUCAGAUACACUCAGUGCGGAUGUUGUAUUGCGUUACGUUCAGAGUUCGCAAUCCAAAAUUGGUGUUUAUUAUCAAGGUGAACCAAUAAACAGCAAUGAUACAGACCCUCUACCCCGUGAUUGUCAGGAAGCAUAUGACAAAAGUGAGUACCUAUUACUUUACUACGAAUUGAAUUCGAUCUCUUGAUAUAGCAGUAAAAAG